AUGCAUAAUCAAUUGGUUUCCCGUUUUACUCCAUGUUACGCUUCCAGAUGUUUUGCUGAUUCACUUCUCAAAAUAAGUGGAGGGAUAGCAAUUGGCAUCGUCGCAAGUGUUGCGUUUUUCAAGGUGAAGGCGCAGCUACUGUCUGCAGAGUUUAGAAUAACUCUCCAACUUCAGAGUAGGUCUUGGCCUAUAUGGUUUGGAUCGGGAAUUGGAUUGGGCACAGGAUGGUCUAAUUGUCGUCACGACUUAGCGCGACCUUAUAUACUGCAUGGAAAGAAAGUGUUGGCUGACGAGGACACUCAAGUAAGUGACUCAGUUGUCGUUGUUGAGCCGUUAUUCCUUCCUUUUUGUUUAUGUUUUUUAGGGAAAUCCCGCGUACAGUAUUGUGGUGGAGAAGUAACAUCCUAA